GUAUGAUUUUCUCCUCCCACAACCAACCAUCCACUGCUGCGAUAUGCGCGUGACCAAGGGCUGUGCUCGCUGUCGGCAUCGUCACGUCCGCUGUGUAGUGCCCGUCGGCGCCUCGUCAUGCUCUCGCUGUACGCGCCUGGGCCGGCCAUGUCAUCUCGAACCGCGCUUUCAGUUCAAGCCUGUGCGCCAUAUAUACCAGCAGUGUGAUAGUUCUCCGGCCCGCUUCGACCUCGCCUGGGAUGAACAACAGGUCUGGGUGGGGUUCUCCCAGCCAGUGACUUUCGUGCGCGAGACCGACGACUUCUCGCCCCCUGAGCCCGACGACAAGGACCGCGGCCUUGAGCAGCCAUAUCCACCACCAGACGAAAGUCAACCGACGCUUCCAGAAGCGGUUGAAUCAGUUCCGACCGAUGUCUUUUCGAACGAUUCUCCCAGCCACUCACCAAGCGAUGUCUCGGUACCGUCCCCGCGAGAGGCAUACUUGAUUCGUUCCUAUAUUCAAAAGAUCGCAGCCGUGGCGGAUAUCUGUGACCCUCAGUCUCACUUCAGCACCGAAGUCCCACGCCGAGCAUUAGAGGAACCAAUGCUGCUGAAAGCUCUCCUGGCACUUGCUGCCAGACAUGAUGCCAUCUUGACAAAUCGUAGCGACUGUGAAGCGUCGGCCUUUCACGGGGAGUGUCUGGAACUGCUCAUCGUCGCCCUGAAUCAACCAGAGAAUUAUGACGAUAAUCUCUUCAUCACCGUGGUUGUACUUCGAUUCUACGAAGAGCUCGAGAGGACGACGGACAGGAAAUGCCACCUCCUCGGGUCUAACCACCUGCUCAAUCUCAUGUCUCAGUCUGCAUCGUGCGGGGGAUUGGCCGAGGCAGUGAGCUGGCAAUUCCUGCGCCAAGCCAUCUACUCAUCCAUAGCUCAGUAUGAGCCAAUACAACUGGAUCUGCGGAAUUAUGAGCGUUCCUCGGUCUUCCGUCGCGAUGAUGAUGCGGCCCGCGCCAAUGUCAUCAUAUUUUUCUGCGCAUGCAUCACCCAGCUAUGUUGCACCGCGCCGGGGUACGCCAUUGACCGGAAAAGCUGGCAGCGACUGGCAGACUGCGUGGAGGAGUGGCACCGCAAUAAGCCGAAGUCCUGGCAACCACUGCGAUAUUUACCCCCAAUCUGUCAACGGAUCGACCCUUUCCUGAAUUAUGGAUCAUGUCGCCCCCCGCCGUGGUUGGUUUGCAAUAUUACCACGCCGCUAGGAUAUUUCUCACAUUAUCCGAUGCGCCGUCCCAGCGGAUGA